UAUUUUGUAAAUCUGUGACAUAGUUUUCUAUCUACGGCAUCAACAGUCGUCUAUUAUUAUAUAUGUUAAUUAAAUUUCACUAAAACUACAACCAAAACGUUUGCUACAUAUACUUUUAAAAUGAUGUUACGAGUGUUAUUUAGACGAUUAGGCAUCGUUACUUUAGCGUGGUGGAUUGGAGGUCCAUCGGCUAUUUUUGUUUACGCAGCAGAUAACGAUGCCCCGAAUCAGGCAACUACAUCUAGAGAGACAAAUAUUCCAUUAUAUACAGCUGAAGAUUUGUUAACGGACGAGACAUCCAGGGUUGAGCAUCUCAAAGCCAUAAAAAUAAUGUUACAGUCAAUCAACGACACGUUAGGUCUUACCGAGAACUCGCAUGAUCUACAGCUUAUAAAAAGGCUUGGUGGCUUAUAUGUUACUUUAAACAAGGGUUGUGAGACUAGCGCUUUGUCCACGUUGUUAAAGGACGCCGAGAAUCUCACCAUUACUAUAAAUGGCAUCAUCGUUGCAAUAGAUGAUAUCAUACUAUUGAACUGUACUAAGGAGAGACAAGGAGCUGAACAAAAUAAGGGCGGUGCUUCUAACGUGUGUUUAGGUGGAGUGAUCUCUAAGUUGAUAAACGAGACAUUACCAAAUGUUAUGGAGCUAAUGGUUUCUAUGCGUUACAAUGAUUAUAAAACGCGGCUAUUAAAACGCAUUAAUGUUGCUAGGUUGUAUACUCAUGACACAAACAUCUUGUUAUCUGUUUUGACAAAUACUUACGGUAAAGAUAUCGAAGUCAGGAGUUCAUAUUUGUUAUUACCCACUUUGUUUAACGAGACUAAUAUAUACCGGGAGCAUUUAUCGCUAAUUUUGUCGUGGAUUGAUGAACAACUAACAACAUUACGGGAGAUAUCUGAGGCUUUAUGCCCUAGGGAUCCACUUGUAAAUGAAUUUUCUUUGUACGAUAUCUUGUUACCCAAUGAGAGGAUAUAUCGAGCUUCACUUAGAUCUUGGUAUGUGUAUUAUGAAGAAUUGAUGAACUACAAGGAGUUCGUUAGGCGAUGCCUUGAUUUCUUUGAGGCCCUUGAUAGAGCAUUAUGUGUUAGGCAGUUUCCCAUAAAACUGAGAUCUUUCUACAGCAAAGGUGUAGCCCUCGUGGAACAUAUAAUGCGUUAUCAUUUAUGGUCUUCCAGUAAACGGAAUAUGGUAAGAAGACAAAUUAUUCGUAUAAGGGGUACCAUCAGACCGUUUAUAGAUCGCUAUCAUCAAUUCGUUAACAUAAGCCAACAAAGUUCAUUUGAUGGUCUUACAGAUGAAGACCAAUUGUACAGCCUUCAGCUGGCAGAUACCAACCUUCGUUUGCUUAUAGCAUAUUUUAAAAAUGAUAUCACAAUAAUGAACAAGACCAUGGAUUACUACACUGAUGAUGAAGUAUCAAGGAAUGACGAUUUAGAUGGAAAUCUACCUGCUCUUGCUUGGUCCAGAGUGAAAAAGCAUUGGGCAUUAUUUCAGGGACUUGAAACAGCAAAAUAUGAAUACAUGACAUUUUUUGAUAAGAUAAAUCAAUUUCGCAAUGUCAGAUUUAGUACGGCGGAACAUUCUAUUAGUGAAAUAGAAAUAAUGAAGGCCAAAGAGUUAGAUGAAUUACGGAAGUACUUGAAAUCAUUUGGCACGAUACAUCAGUUUGUUAAAGUUAUAACUAUGCAAAUCUUUGAAGAGCAGCAACGUAGAAAUGAUCCAUUGGCUGUUCUAAUAAAACAUGAUCAGGCUAUUAAUUUGAAUAUUGAGAUGAUCCAUCAAAUAUCCAUUUUGGUGGAACUAAUUGAUGAGACAUUUAGAAGUUACUCAAUUGUUGAGCCAUCGGCAUUUGACGUAAGGAUGAAGUUUUCAUCAGUCAGUGUACCAUUUAGGCAUAUCUAUGCCUCUAAGUGCUAUAAGGAUUUGGAUAAGGAACAUCAAUACGCUUUAACCCGUCGUAGAGAUCUCAAAUUUAUCUUUAAGCGGGUACGAAUGGUCAGUUCGCAAAAUGAAGACUUGCUCAACUUGUAUCGUCGUAUAGUCAACGUCACCGAUAAGUAUAAUUCCGCAGAUUGGCGAGAUAUAGUUCAGGAUUUUUUCAUAAUGAAAGAUUAUGCGGAUGAUGUGGCAUUAAUAGACUUAAUUAUUCCAUGCGCUCAGGUUUUGGUUAACGAAUUGGAACACAUUUCCGUUUUACUCGAACCCCAACUAUCCUCUCUAUCUGCUCGAAUGAAAGAGUGUGCACGGUCCGUAGCAGAUGAGCACAGAAAUGAUCCCGUAUUUGCAUCUGUCUGGUGGAUGUGGUUUAGCCGACGGUAACAAGAUGACU